AUGCAAGAGUUUGAUCUAGCGCUUAAAAUGUGUUGCCACGAGGAGCUGUAUGAAGAAGCAGCAAAAUCUGUUGAAAGGUCUGUAUUUCAAGAACCUGUUUCAUUAAAAACAUAGCAUUUCUUCUGCCUUGCCAGUUUUAUGAAAAGAUUGCUGAUUUGUGUCCUUGGGUUGCAAUGCAUGCCGUUUAGAACCACAUAUCUAAAUAGCCUAUGAAAAUGUUAAUACUUUACUUGGAAAAGAUAGUUUAAGCCAUGGGUAGGCAAACUAAGGCCUGGGGGCCGGAUCUGGCCCAAGCGCCUUCUCAAUCUGGCCCAUGGAUGGUCCAGGAAUCAGCAUGUUUUUACAUGAGUAGAAUGUGUGCUUUUAUUUAAAAUACAUCUCUGGGUUAUUUGUGGGGCAUAGGAAUUCAUUCAUUUCCCCCCCCAAAAUAUAGUCUGGCCCCCCACAAGGUCUGAGGGACAGUGGACCAGCCCCCUGCUGAAAAAGUUUGCUGACCCCUGGUUUAAGCCAUUUCUACAGUGCAUAUACAAAGAUCUUAUAGAAAAGUAAAAGUGCUGAUUUUUUUUAAAAAAAGAAACAGUGCCCAGUACUUUUUUGUUUUUAAAUCAGCUUUGAAAAUCAUUCAGUCACUCAACCAAUGAGCUGAUUGUACUAGCCAAAUGCCAUGACAUAUAACCUGACUAUAAACCAUAAUAUGAAAUAUACACCAAUAAUAAAACCAAACACCAGUAUUAUGAAGAAAGGGAAAUCGGAAAUAUUGAGACCUGGCUCAACUUCACAUUAAGCUCUGAGUCUCCAGAACAACUUAUAGCAGUGUUAGAUAACAUCUCACUGGAUGUUAAGUUGUGCAUCUACUUCCAAUUCCCUGUUGAAGUUUACUUGUAUAUGUCUGUUUCAGAUAUCAAAAGAUGAUGAGAAAAGAAGGACUGCCAAUUUCCAAACUUUCAUACACAGCAAACCAGUUUUAUUUGGAAGCCGCUGCCAAGUACUUGCGCACAAACAAGAUGAGUGAAAUGAAGGAGGUGCUGUCUCACCUUGACACCGAAGACCAGCUUGUGUUUUUGAAAACGCACAAAUGCUUUGCUGAAGCUGCUGACCUGUUGAAGAGGGAAGGCAAAGAUGAAGAAGCCGCGAAGCUGAUGAUGCAACAUGGCUUUGUACUGGAAGCAGCCAAGCUCACUAACCAAAAAGAGUUCCGAGCUUCGUGCCUGCUUGCUGCGGCCCGCCUUAGUGUGGCAGGCAUUUGCAAGGUGGAGAACGUGAGAGACAUUUUGAGCGAAGCCUUAGAACUGUUUCAGAGAACAGACCAAAAGUCUGGUAGCGCAGAGGCUACCUAUUUGAUAGGACUUUUAGAAAAAGACUUCUAUAUGUUGAAGAAGGCCUUUGGAAUGUUUUUGCGUGUGAACCACAAUGCUGGCGCUGUGGAAGCUCUGUUUGGAGCAACAAGCUGUGAUGUCGAGAGUGAGGCCAUCUUGGGAUUAACGUCCUAUGGAAUCGAAGCCCUCCUAAAUCUGGUCAAAGCUUUCAAAAAAGCAGGCACCAACGCCGAGAAGGAAAUGGUGAAGUCGUGUUUUGAAUACUUUGGAAUUGUCCUGAUAGAUGGGAAAAGUUGUCAGGUCUCCCAGAAUGAAGCAGGCUGUAUUCUAGAACAUUUGUCCGAGAAUUACAAACAGAGAGAAAAGAGAACAAGUGAUAAGCUCAGUGUAAGCCUGGAAGAGGUGAAAUUUGCACUGAAUAAACAUUUGUUGAAUAGGCUUACUGCCGUUAUUCACCAUUUACUUGGUCUGAGCUUCCCAAAUAUUUGCACAAAGUUUAUUGCCGGCUUGAAGUGUGAGGACGAAACCUGUGAGGACUUCCAUAGCUCCCUGUCACUUCACGAGAUAAAAUCUAUAUUUCAGUGUAAAAUGCACCUGGCUGCAAUAAAUGGGCUUCUGUUAGAAGCCAAGCAAGUGUUCCCAAAAGAUUUGCUUCAUGAACCCAAUGCCAUUGAUGAGCUAUUGACCGCUGAUAAGUAUGCACUGUGCAAAUCUCUUAUCAAUGCAAUAUUUCCCAAGCAUUUCCACCUGAGGAUGGUGUCCGAAAAUCCAGUGGUAUGCAAACAGAUCCUGAGCCUUUAUCGCUUUAGCCAUAAAAAUUCUAAUCCUUGCAGGGCGGUUCUGAGAGAAUGCAUCCGGUCUGAAUUUAGAAACGAGACGGCUCAGAACAGGAGAGAAUCGACGGAUCUGUGGCUGAGAAUGAUGCAGGUCUUUGCCUUUACUUCCACUUACCCCGAAGAGUUUGAAAGACUCCUUUUCAAAGAAGAAGAUGACUAUAAUAGAGAACUGAAGAUGGCAGAUGAAAGGGGAAGAGGGAGAUCCAAAGGCAUAGAGGGCAGAUAUGGAAUGCUGCUACCUGAUAAAUAUGCAGGGAAUGCUGAAAGCACAUACUUGUGUUUCAUCAGACUCUUGCAGGACUCCAUGGACCAGCUCUACAUUCACAGAAACCUUGAGCAGUGCAGGUGGUUGUUUUAUCGUUUCAUGAAUGUCUUGGUGAAGAAAUGUGUUGACCCUUUAAUUCCAAGCAUAGGAAACACUGUGGCUUUGCUGGAAUUUCAGUUCAUCCUGUGUUCUGCUGUCCUCAUGCGCCUCUGCAAAACCAUGACUCUCUGCCUUCCCAAGAGUUAUAUUGCCCUCUUCCAUUACUGGGACUAUUUAUUCGCAAGAGGGGACCGAUGUAAAGACGCCUUCACCUUUUCUGUCAUACAAGAGUAUAAGCCACAGGACACAAAGCAAGCCAUAGAGAAAUUUAAGCUUCACCUGAGAUACUUAGCCAAUGUUCUGUGUGGGUAUGAAAACUUCAAUGUACUCUUUGAUGCUUUUGGUGACCUUGGCUUCAUCGUGUCUGGGGAAGCUGAGCGCACUGUGGUGCUUUGCUUAGUGAUGUUGGUGAAUGCUGAUCAGGUGCUUGGUUGGAAAUAUAAAGAUCGUUUAGCCAAAAUCUUUCCCACCCUCCGAGAAUUCCUUGCAGAACUGAAAAGGGACUAUCCUUCCAAGGUGCCUGAAAGAUUGAUUAAGAUUGUGGAUCUGAUGAGUGAGACUUCCAGUGUUAAAGAAGUAGUUGAUGGCCUCAAGGAGCUGCUGCUUUGUCGAGAUAAAGAGUAUUUAGCGGACUGUUGUUGGAGGUGGGACCCUAAAGGAACAAGGGUUACGAAGUAUGAGAACAACAAACCUGUCAGAGGUAUCUACUUUGAGGUUGCCGACUUGGACAGAUUUGCAUAUCUGAGCCAGGCAAGGAAUUUCGAAGAGGCAGAAAUAGAUCUUGAAAAGGACAUGUACAUCGAAGAGAGAGAAGACCCAUUAGCCAAUAUAGCAUCGAUAAGGCAGCAGAAGCAACAGCAAAAAGCUUCUGCCAAGCGGAAGCUGUGGGGCCUUUUCCUGUUUGUCUAUUGUUGCGUUAGAUGGAAAAGGAUUUCCUCUUCAAAGCAAGAAUCCCCGGAUAUGGCACUGGGAGUCUUCAAAAAAGCAGACGUUGACCCAACACAGUGUGACCUUUGUGGAGUCAAAUUUCUCCAAAGACCUGCAAACUUUGCCGCUCAGACAGAACCUUCUGAAAAAGAACCCUCAGAAGUGACAACAGCAACGGAGGCAGACUGGGAAGAGAACAUGGACAGAAAUGAAAUUUUUGCCGCUGGUGAAACGUUUGAAAAUCACAUCAUGCUGGACGAACAUGGAAAUAAUUUUGCCUCUUACCAGAGGUAUUUUGAGUUUUUCAGAAUUAAUGUGGAGCCAUUAAUCCGAAAGGGGAUGGAUGUGAUGGAAAGUAUUGCCGAUAACACGUGCAUCAAAGGCCACUUUGCAUCCAAUGAGCAAUCUAACCACAUGCAAAGUAGAAUCCAAGCGGCUAUUAAGAAGAUUUCUGAUAUGGUGGAGGACAUCUAUAGGAGAAAGGCAUGGGCUGAUGGUAAGGCAUUUCAGUUGUUUCAACGUCUAUCAUCUCAGCAGUCAGGGAAUGUUUUCCUUUGCAGGGAAUGAUACUGAAAUGUCAUUCAUCAAAAUUAUUUAGUGAAUAUAAGCAUUCUGGCAGGACCCACACUAUGCAGAUGUGAUUUUUCAACAACAACAACAGUCCACUCCAGUAAUGAAGUGUUAGAUCUAAUGCCUAGCACUUCAUAAGGAACCAGCCAUCAUGCACAUAUACUGUUAAAUAAUGGCUUGCCUUUUCAGAUGAAAGUAGUGGUUUCCUUGUCCCAAAUUUCCAUUGUUUCUACAUUCCUAUAGUAAGUGUUAAAUGGGGUGUUACCCCUUCCCAUUACACCCAUGAUCCUAAUUGGUUACAUCUUUUUGUUUUAUGUUUUAGCUGAAGAAACCAUGUCCAAGUUGGCUAGCAAUUUGAAUUCUAAUGUAGACAAAGCUUCUAAUUGGCUGAAGGAAACGGAGUCCCGCCUACUAAAGGAGGAAGGUACGUUUUAAAUUUUAAGUACAUGCAGCUCACUAUAUAAUGUUACAUCUGUUAAAACUGAAGCGUAUAUUGUUUAGAAGUGAGCAGUACUGGGGCUUGUAAGAAUAGUGAUAUACCAUGCUGGCAGCCCAUUCAGUUACUUAGCAUGGAACUUGUAAUUUGAGAUAGUGGAUUCAGUGUGUAUGCAGCCUUAUUGCUAGGUCAGGAGCUUUCCUUGACUAAAUUCUUUCUUGCUCAACUGCUGAAGGGACAGGGAAUUUUCUUUCUCCUCCUUUUGGCAAUUAGAAUUGACACAUGGGCCAUUCAGUAAGGCAGAGGUUUUCACCCUUUUUGAGUCUACAGCUCCCUUGAACAACUAUAUUCUUCCUGCGGCACCCCUGUGGGGCUCAGGAGCCCUGUUAUGUCACCCCUUGCCUGCUGAGCUGGCAGUCCCUCACCCUUUUUUUGAACAUCCUCCCUUGGGGAAUGUUCCCUCAGCCUCCUCCCAUCUCCUUGGGAGUCCUCUGGGCAGCUGCUGCCGCCACCCCUGGUCUCUGAGCUGCCACCCUUGCCCCAAAGAGAGGUGCCUCCUCACACUGCCCCACAGGGGCCUGGGACUUGUCUGCCCAUUCCCAACAGCAAGGGCUGGCUGGACUCCCUCGCCCACUUGCUUGCUUGCUUCUUGGAUGCCUCAGCCCCUGGCAACAAGCACCCCCUGGCCAGCUCCAGAGGCACCAUUCACCUACAGAGCUUGUAGCCAGCUAUACAAACUUUGUAUAUAGCUAUACAAACAGCUAUACAAGCCUUUGGGAGGCAGAGACGCAAGAGGGCAUCAGGAGGGAGGGAAGGAAAGAGGGACAGAGGCCAGUGUUGCCCAUGGCACCCCUGACCAUUAUUCAAGGCACCCCAGGGUGCCACAGCACACUAGUUGAAAACCACUGCAGUAAGGCAUUUAAACAGAAGCAUCAACUUCAAGGUGUCCUAUUGAAGUUGGAUUAUUUUCACACACAACCCUUCCGCCACCCUACCCCAAAUUGUGUGUUUUCUGAAUCAGGGUCAAGAUGAACUUGCUGAGAAAGGAGAUUAGGAUCCUCACUUUUAUUUUCGGACAUAGGUUCACGGACCUUUUAUUAGCUGCACGACAAAAAUUCAGCUGGCUCUUCUCAGUAAGGUGAUACAGUAAUUGGAAAGUAUAUCUUUCAUGCAUUGUCACAGAGCAACUCAUGGAAUGAGGGCUAAGCGACCAGAGAAGAAACAAGAUGAGAUACAGCAGCUUCAUUAGUGAAGAAGGGGGAAAAAAACCCCAUAAAGUUCUAGCAGCAUUUUUUCACAAGUUUAAACUUGCAUGUACAAGGGGAUAUUUCAUAAGUGACAUCUAACGAGUGCAAGUUUUACCUCCUUUUGAUGGCUUAAGGCUUACAUAUGUUGAAAAAGGUUUUAGAUACAAUAGAAAUUUAAGCCAUUCUGGCGUACUUGCCAAUGACAAAGUGAACAACAAGACUGUGGGACUCCACAAAACUUUUCCCCUGCUAGGAUGCAGCUGAGUAAGUAUUCCUUGGCACAUUGUUUUGUCUUUAAAAUUGAACAAUUCUUCCUCUUUCCUCUUUUAGAGUUUGACCAUGACAAAGACUUGGACAGUGAAGUGAAAUGCGAAGAGGACACUUUUGAAGAGCUUCACCCCAAGAAGCCCUCAAGAAAGAUGAUGAAGAGAAGAAGAAAAUAA